AUGUGCGUACAAAUCAAAUCCUUUCGUCGUCUUGACAGCUUAAAAGAACGAUCUCAGUACGUACCUAGACCUUCAAAUAUUUCGCAUCCUAAAUUCAAGUUCCAUCUUACUAUGAGCCUUAUAUCCAUCUAUUUCGAGAAUAUUGGCGCGUGUGUUCUAUUUACUGUGAGAAGUUUGGAUGUACUCCUGGAGAAUCGGAGAUACAUGAUUGUAUGUUUGAAUGGUCAAAAUGAAAAUGGAUUAUCUUCAGGAAUCUUUACGGGAUAUGCUACUGGAAGAAGCUUGAAUUCAUCCCGUUUUGUCGAAGGAACAACUUCACAAUUUGUUCACGCGCCCAUCAAUGGAAUUUACCUCGUUAAUAGUAAUGAAGAGCUGACCCUCGUUGGGUAUAUUUCUCAGGAAAACUUAAUAUCACUUUAUAGGCACUAUUGCCCCGUUUGUUGGUUAUUGCUUCGAUUUCCUAGCAACCUAACCAUACACUCGAGGUUUCACAACGGGGAUAGAC